GAACUUUAAAAAAUCAAAACAAAUUUUAACUCCUAAUGAGUAUGAGAACCUCAUCCAAUGGAACUUAGCUGACUCAAUGAUAUACAAUCAUUUCAAUAAAACUCUAUGGGAAAAGAUUGACAAUUUUGGCCGUGACAAAAUGGCUAUAAAAAUCGAAGAACUCAAAAUCGCUAAAUCAAAAAAGCAGAAAGAAUGUGACACUGUUCAGAGGAAAACUAAUUUGAAAAGAACAGAUGAUUUAAAAAUAAAACAUGACUGUAUGAUCCCAAACCUAAAUCAUGUAGGUGCUGAUAGAUAUUUCAGGAAUAAGAUGACGAAGAAAGGAAUCUAUGAUAUUGAAAAGGCUCAAAAAACAUGUAAAUUUCCUCCAGGAAAACAUGGGGAAUAGUAUGAAAAUAAUUUAAGCACACUAAAAGAACAUACUUUCAAUGAAACCUUUUGUGAGAGUCAAGUUGGCAAAGUAUCAAUUUCAAU